UCGACUGUUUUCCUCUGGCGAACGCACAACCAUUGUUAGCAAUGAUUAUUAUUGCGUUUCUUGCGCCGGUCGCUUUACCAAUGGACUUCGGUCGUCUAGUGACGCAUCUUCUCGCGGGUCCCCGUCCAAGCCACAGGGUAGGUAUGACGGAUUUGGUAGGAUCUCCUCUGUCUCUCCCACAUUGACAUGGACUAUGCAGCCCACAGCCCACCAGGGGCAGGUGAACAACACUCCCAUUGAUCACGCACUACCGCCACAACCGAAUGGUGGUCCUGAUCACGCGACCUUGAGUAAUGGUCUGGAUGGUGCGUAUCCGUUUGUGGAUGGUCAACUUACUGUGCAAAUAACAGAAAACGGUUACGCUGGUUCGGACUCGGAUAAGCACAAGACAGGGAAAUACAUCGAUGCGAUACCCUUAGUCGUUACUUUUACCUAUAGUAUAUUCAAUACUGUGCCCCCUUGCCAGACACUGAGUCACAUCGGAGCCCCAGGCGGACCGACGACAAUGGAUACGAUGCUUUCAACCACACCCGGGCAAACAUUCUCCGGUGGAUCUUUCACAUUCUCAGGUGCUGAUCGUCGGAUAUGUCCCCCAGGCGUCGACUAUGGACGUCAUUAUCCGGCCAGCUAUCUUCGGCUAGCUGAACGUGGAUUAACAGCUAUAAUGAGUAGCGAUGAAGUCCCUCUUCAGUCGUCCCACGAGACUCGAUUACGUACACGGUCGCUAGCGCGACCUCCGACUCACCAACCUCCUAUAGCUCAACAUCAAUCACGGCGCGAUGGGGCUAGAUCGAGUUCUUCCACACGAGUUAUACAACCACCCAGUCGAAGUGGCACCGAACCUAGCGACUCCGCAAUUUUCAGUCAACCGGACGAUAUCACAAAAUCCCACACACUGACAGAUACAGUGCCGUCCAGUUACAGUAUUACUGGAUCAAAUACUCCCGCUUCCCUGUCAGGUCGUCCCCGAAGAGACUUAUACGUACGACGCCGCGAACUUUCACCUGGGUCUGCCUCUCUUGGGUCUGGUGUGAUUGGAUACCACGCUCGUUCCCCACGAACUGCGCAAUGCGUUUUGUCAGGAGGGUCAAGGGCAUUCAAUCGUAGUGAAGAUCGGUUUUCCUCGCGGUCCACUCCCAACGUUCGUGGUAAACG